GCGGCCGGAGCCGGGCCCGGCAGCGGCGCAGGCGCGGCGGCGGCCGCGGGAUCCCAGCAGGUUCGGGGCGGCGGGCGCGGUGUGGGCCCAGCAUGUCGGAGAAGAAGCAGCCGGUGGACCUGGGGCUCCUCGAGGAGGACGACGAGUUUGAGGAGUUCCCGGCUGAAGAUUGGACUGGUUUAGAUGAAGAUGAAGAUGCACAUGUCUGGGAAGACAACUGGGAUGAUGACAAUGUAGAAGAUGAUUUUUCCAAUCAAUUAAGAGCUGAAUUAGAAAAACAUGGAUACAAGAUGGAAACGUCAUAGCUUUUGCAGAAUAUGGAGUGGUUUAACACUGAACUGUGGAUAGACUUUAUUGAGAAAAGAAGAAAAGAUGGAAAAUGAGAAGACACACUUAGUUCAUUAUCUGCUUGGAUUUAUUAUUGUUUUGUAUAAAAAAUAAAGUUUUUAAUCUUAGCCUGGUCAUA